AUGAAUCAAGCUUGCAAAACCACCUAUCAUGCUCGACUUCGAACGGGAAACACCUCUAUAAUACAAAAAAAUAUUACGGUUUCAACACGGUCACAUACCUCGUAUACAGGGCGAAAUUCACUUCGAAAUGUACCGGUAGUCAAUUACGCGGCUUUUGAGCAAGGAGAUGAUUUUCAGCUCCCUUCUGAGCCCACAGAAAAGGAAGAAGAAGAGGAUAAUUUCAAAGUGGAUGAACAGGGCUUUCCAAAUGAACGACCCCAAGGAAAAAGAAUCGUUCCCAAAUUUGCAACAAAAACGAGGCAUACUUACUUCACAGAUGAGCAAUUAGGAUGCGCAGCUGAAGAAAGGGAUGUUUAUGUUCCAAUACGGCUAGAUAUUGAAUUGACAAAUGACUACCGAUUGAGGGAUACGUUUUUGUGGAAUAUGAAUGAACAAGUGAUGACACCAGAUACAUUUGCUCAUAUACUAUGUACGGAUUUAGAUAUUCCAAUAAAUUCAUAUGGACCUCAAAUCAGUUCAAGCAUUCGGACACAGAUUGAAGAAUAUGCACCGGUAGCUGAAGUACCUAUGCCUCAAGGGCAGGAAAUGCUGGUCGUGUUUAAUAUUCAAUUACAGUUGUCACAGCAUGCAUACAAUGAUCAGGUUGAAUGGAAUUUAACGAGCAAUUUAACACCGGAGGAUUUCAGUACACAAACCUGUAGUGACCUUGGAUUGGCGGGCGAAUUUCGACCCGAAAUGGCUCAUGCAAUCCAUGAAAAUCUACUCAAGCUGAAAAAAGAUGCUUGUGAAGGAGAUUUACCAGAUUACGACAAUGAUUCUGUGCCUGGAGCGAUGGCUGGACCUCGUCAGGACAUGGCUACAAUGGGAGCGUUAUGGCAACCCACGUUGGAAACGGUAAGUUUAGAAGAAGCGAAACGGAAUGAAACAAACAAAGAAAACAUGGUUCGACAGUGGAGAAGAGAUGCUUCAAAAUUUGGUGGAAAUGCCGCAGAUGUUUCAGCAGAGCGUUGGAGAGCAGCAGCUACCGGAAGCAUGGUCGCCCAGGCGGCCACGACGAAUCUUCCGAGCGCCUCUGUUUCUGACGCGCAGACCUUAUUGGAUCAAGAGCGACCGCGUUGGAAAUGCAGAUGGUGCAACGUUUUGGGUACGGGGACAUUUUGCGUACGACGUGGUCCCGAAGGAAACAAGUCGCUCUGUAAUGCCUGUGGUGUUGCUUAUGCUCGUACAGCGCAGUUGCCAUACUGGAGAAAAGGAUUGUAUACGUAG